AUGCAUAAUAAGAAUGCAGUUUAUUUUGCUAAUAAUGUUGAUGUAGAUUCAGAAGAACAAUUACCUGGUACAAUGUUUUUGAAACGAGUAACAUUCGAUUAUAUUAAACGGAAUAAUAUUAAACCAAAACAACUUGAAAUAUUACGUGAUGCUUUUGGAAAUAAUACAAUUCGUAAUUAUUUUAAUAAUUUUGAAGUAUUGAAGAUGGAAUUUUUCCGACGUAAAGAAAUUCGUCAUUGGAUAGAAAGCAUUGAUUCUACAAACGGUAUUUUUUAUUAUCGAUGGGGUGAUGCUGUAUUACGAUAUCUUACUUUGGCUCUGUUUGCUGAGCAGCACGAAGUUUUGCAUCGAGUCGAUUACAAUUUUCCCUAUUGUCAUAAAUGUCGGUGA